AUGUCCAAGACGCCAGAUCAGCUUGACUCGGCGACUGGAGAUAGCGACCAUGCUGGUCCGCAAAUGGGCCACAACCAAGAGGAACUGCCUCGCCAGUUUUCCCUUCUUUCUACGCUCGCACUCGGAUUUAGCAUGACCAAUUCCUGGCUCGGAUACUCGGCCACCUUCAUCACCCCGCUCUUGAUGGGAGGCAGUCCAGCUGUGUUCUUUGGCCUCGUCGGUGCUUCGAUUGCCAGUUCCUUUAUUACGGCGGGCCUGGCCGAACUUGCGUCGGCGUAUCCAUCCAGCGGAGGGCAAUAUCAUUUUGCCUUUAUGGUUAGUUCUCCGAGAUACCGGGCUCCAGUGGCCUUUGCAAUGGGAUGGUUGAGUGUGGUCGCAUGGGCUCUCACCAGUGCAUCCACUGCGGUGGUCUGUGCACAGAUGGCUGGAAACCUGGCCAGUAUUUACAACCCAAGGUACACCCCAGAGCCCUGGCAGACAUACCUGAUAUAUGCCGCUUUGGUCCUUAUUUCAACAGGGAUUGUCUGCUUGUUGCCACGAGCACUCCCGCGAGGAGAAAUUGUUAUGUUUAUCAGCAGCUUUCUCGGGUUUGUCGCCAGUCUCGUCACUGUGUUGGUGACGCAGAAACAUAAGCGAUCCGCGACAGCAGUCUUUGUCGAUUACGAAAACCUCAGUGGCUGGAACAACGGUACAUCGUUUCUUAUUGGGCUCAGUACGUCCAUGUAUGCAUAUUUGGCCAUCGAUGGAGCGUGCCAUAUUGCAGAGGAGCUUCCGAAUCCCAAACGCGAUGUCCCUCGCGCCAUGGGAUUAACAAUGCUAAUCGGCGCCACAACGGUCUUUCCUUGGACAAUUGCCUUCUUAUUCGCGGCCACAGACACCAAUGCCGUCGCCUCAUCGCCCAUUCCAAUCUAUACAAUCUAUCUGCAAGCCACCCAAAGUGACUCUGCAGCCACUGUGCUCACAGUCUGGGUCCUUUUCGUCUACAGCGGCGCAUUGGUCUCGUGUAUAGUGACAACAGGUCGACUCGCAUAUGCAUUUGCUCGCGACGAAGGACUUCCGUACUCAAGCUUCUUCGCCCGGGUCCAUACCAAACAACAGGCCCCCGUCAAUGCCACAGUGGGCUGCUCUGUCGCCAUCAUCCUCUACGGGCUGAUCUAUAUUGGGUCUACAACAGCAUUCAACAGUUUCAUAUCCAUGUCCAUCCUGUCUCUCAAUGUAACUUAUGCCGUACCACAGGCCAUCGUUUUAUUCCGAGGCCGAGAACGCAUCCUGCCUAAACGCCCAUUUACUUUGGGUCGGUACCUCGGACGGCUAUGCAACGCAUUUUCGGCCGUUUGGGUGCCAUUUAUUACGAUUAUAUUCUGUUUUCCCACGUCUCUUCCCACAACAGUCUCGAGUAUGAACUAUGUUAGUGUGGUUAUAACUGGGAUUUCAUUGUUGAUCUUGGUUUCAUGGUUCGGCGGUAAAUAUAAGACAUUCUCUGGACCGGACUGA